AUGGUCCGCUCGUUCCUGGCCACCGCCAGGGCGCAUCUGCAUAACAUGACCGUCAACUUCGGUCGCACGUGCAUGCCGUGGGGGCCGAAGCGAUCGCUCUUCGCGGGCGGAACCGGAGCGCUCUUCGUGGUGCCGGGGUUGGUGAUGUUCGCGCACGAUCCGGGCGCGCCGCACGCGGCGGCGUACCUCGCGGCGUUCGCGGCGCAGGCGGUGUUCAGCGUCAUGUCGGACUACGUGAUGACCGGGAGGAACAGCGUGUGGCACGGCGUGGAUCGGUGGUACGCGUCCGGCAUGACGGUGUUCAUGAUGUGGUUCGCCCACUCCGCGCUGUCCCCGGCGCACGUCUUCCUCGCCGCCCCGCCCCUGUUCUGCCUGUACAAGAGCAAAGACGCCAUCCUGCGGAACGACUUUAACACAUUCGCGCGUUGGCACGGGUGGUGGCACGUCACCGCCGUCGCCGCGGCGAGCCACUGCAUCGACCUCGCAAACGGGGGUGGGGGGUUGGGGGCGCGAGCGGUCGGGCGGCUCGAGCUGUAG